UCUUUAGAAGUGACUGUGUGCUUGGAAAGUUAAGACCUUUUAAUUAUGAACAAAUUACCUGUAUUAUUCCUAGUGCUAUUCGCAGUUUUUCACAUGCUGCAAUUUGCUGCAGCUCAGCAAACAUUGGCUAAAGAUAAUGACGAUGAUAAUGAUCAAAAAGAACUUGAUGCUCUACAACAAGAUUUCCAAGGCAUUCAGAAAAAAAUUAUGGGCACUUUGGAUCAGGGUGUAAAAAGUAUACCCAAUUGGUGGGAUAAUGGCAAAGAACUGGGCAACCAAAUUGCAAAAAGCAUGCAAUAUGCCAUGAAUCAGGUCAAGGAGCUGUUUAAUAAGGACGAUGAUGAUUAUGAGUAUACAUUUGUGCCGCUAAAUUGAAAUAAAUAUAUAUAGUUGAUGUAAAUACUUAGUGCAGUUUAUUAACUAAAGCUAGUGCUAAUGUACAAAGUGUGACUGUGUCAAAUGAAUUAUUCAUUAAAUGCCGUAGCAAAUAUUAAUAAAUUCGAAUAUAUUUCAAAUGCAGUCCAGUUUCUGAAUACUUCUUGUGAUCUGCAUAGCGCUGUCUUUUGCUGCAAGCGAUAUUGUUAAGCCAGAUGACGAGGCUGGGGCGAGAAAUGGAAAUUCAGUUUAUGCGGGUAUUAAGGCUAUAUACAGAUCCUUAAAUAUAACCGAUAUAGCGAGCGCCAGUUCAGACAGGUGCUUAAAUUAUUGCUCAAGGGACAAAUAAGGGUAAUGAAAUCUGGAUAAAU